GCACGGCUUGUCAGAGGGAGGAGGCGGGCCCCGGAACAUGAAUCCCCACCGGAGUUAUGCAGGGCGGGCACGGCGCGGCGCCUCCCCACGCAGGUUCCGGGGCGGCGCCAUGGUAUUGCGGCGCCGCGGCUGAGGAGAAGCUGGCGGCAGCGGCGGCAGGGUGCGUUCCGCUGAGGCGGCUCUGACCACCAGAAUCUCCCCUCCUUCCCUCUCCGCUAUGUCCGAGGCGGCCGUGGCCGACACGCGGCGCCUCAACUCGAAGCCGCAGGACCUGACGGACGCCUACGGGCCGCCCAGCAACUUCCUGGAGAUCGACAUCUUCAACCCGCAGACCGUGGGCGUCGGGCGGGCCAGAUACACCAGCUACGAGCUCCGCAUGAGGGUGCGUAAGGGAGGGGGCGAGGGCGGGGUGAGGGAGGAGGGGGCGGGGCCGCGGGGGGGUCUUCUAGUGGGCGGGGUGUCAAUGGGGGGGAACGGAAUAGGGCGCCCUCGUGCCACGCCCAACACCUGCCUUAUUUGAGGGGGGGGAUUCCGACCCUCAUUUUAAUUCAUUUUAAAAAAUCAUUUGUAUUUACCCUGUUCCUGUAAGCAGGAUAGGCAGGAAUGUUAUAGUUACAUGGAGGCCAUGGGGUAGGUGCAGUAUAAAGGGGUGGUGUGGCAUAGUGGUUAGAUCGUUCUGUGGAUAAAGAGGGGGCCCUGGGUUGGGAGAGGCUGCCCACUCUGCUACAAAGCACACAUGGGCUUGAGGAUAGAUCUGCUUGCUCAAGCUGAUCCCGCCUCACAGAAUAUUGCAAGUAGUGAAUGGGCUUGUAAGUCAGCGUGAAUCUGCUAAGCCAGGGGUCGGCAACCUAAGGCCCAUGGGCCGGUAGCAGCCCACAAGUCUUGUCUAACUGGCACAUGGCGACCCCUGGCACCCCCCGCUCUUACCGGCGCACCGUGGGGAUUGACUUCCAGGUUGAUGGCACCUGUGCGCAUGUGCACAGGCGCUCCUCCAACCCAGAUGUGUGCCGAAAAUAGUGUAUGCACAUGCGUGCAGGAUGAAGAAGUGCCUGUGCACGUGCACACACACUAUUUCCGGCACACUUCUGGAUCAGAGGAGCGUUGGAAAAAUAGUGUAUGCGCACGGGCGCUCCUCUGACCCGGAAGAGUGCGCAUGCACACAUGCUCUGGCCCAUCCUCUGACUGGCCCAUCCUUUGAUAAGGUUGCUGAUCUCUCAGCUAAGCCUUUAGCACAGGGUUGGUUUCUUUUUUGAUUUGGGGUAGUAUCUGGUGCAUCCUUGGUGCACACCUGCCUGAUGUCACCAUGGAUCCCGAUUGUGGCUGUGUGGGGCAGCCUUGGAGAAGAAUCAACUUAAGCAGAGACUGAGCAGUGUGGGGGUUAAUGUUUUCCCCUCCUUUCGCCUCCCUAUGCCUUUAUUUUAUGUGCAUUCCUAGAUAUGUGCUGAGAAGCCACACUGAGUUCAGGGAAACUUGCUCCCUGGUAAUCAUGUAAAGCAGGGGCUCAAAAGGCAAGCCAUUGACUCCUGCCUUUGUAAAUUUUGAUACCUCUAUGGUAGUUUUUAAUAUGUGAAUGGUGCUACGUAACCCCUGGGUGGAUCACACAGACCACCAGUUGGGAGCCACUGAUGUAAUGGAUUGCAACUAUAACAUUACAUAUGCAGAGAAAAGAAACACAAGGGUGCAUCUGUAAGAGUGAAACCACAUGCCCUCAUCUGCCCCAGCUGCAACAAAACAUGUCUCUCCCUUAUCAUUCUCUGCAGCCACAGCAGGCGCUGUAACUCUCCCUGUGAUUUACUCCCGAUGAUGCAUUCUUCUAUUGUCUCUCGAGACAGAGGCCAACAACAAUACAGUAGCCUACAUCAUGGUGUGGAACCUAUGGACCCCCAUAUGUUGCUGCACUCCAACUUCUAUCAAUCCCAGCCAGCAUGGCCAUGGUCAGGGAUAAUGGGGUCCAAUAAACACCUGGGAGGGCCACAGGUUCUUCAUCCCUUUACAGUGAGAUUAGCAUUUGUUGCUGCCCUUAGGAUCUUACAAUCUAAAAUACUAGUUGGAUUGGAAUAGGGGGGACCAGUCAACUCAGCAUAACAAAAGUAAUUUUAGUUACUGGUAUGGAACAGAUGACAAUUCUGCAGAAUGGGUAUUUGUGACCUACAUGUCCUUCUCAAGCAAUUAAUUGCAUUUUAAGUUCCUUCCCUAGAAAGGAGCUCUUGAAACACCCUCUUGACUAGUGGAAAGGAUUUUUGAGUCUGCAAGGGGCAGGAUUUUGCUGUAUUGUAGAAUAGCUAGAAGGGGUGAGUAUCUAGAAGUGGUUGUCCUGGGCCUUGCCAUUAAAGCAAUUGUGCCACUGCACUAUAAUUGUGCCUGCUACCUAGCUGAAGCAGUUGCUUCUGAAGAGUAAAGGUAAAGGGACCCCUGACCAUUAGGUCUAGUCACGGACGACUCUGGGGUUGCGGCGCUCAUCUCGCUUUAUUGGCCGAGGGAGCCGGUGUACAGCUUCCGGGUUAUGUGGCCAGCAUGACUAAGCCGCUUCUGGCAAACCAGAGCAACGCACAGAAAUGCCGUUUACCUUCCCGUCGGAACGGUACCUAUUUAUCUACUUGCACUUUGUGCUUUUGAACUGCUACUGAGUAUAUUACUGCAAUGUGCUCUACGUGGCGCUGCCCUUUAGGCUGAACUGAAAGCUGUAGCUUGUGCAGAAUGCAGUGGCUUGACGCUCAGUGGGCCGAAAUAUUGCCAUUUUAUUGUGCUGUUGCUGAAAUAAUUGCAGUUAGACUGCCAGUUGGGCUAGGUUCGUGAUGCUAGUUAUGGUAUAGAAAGUUCUACAGUUUGGGAUCAAGAUUACUAAAAGAUUGUAUCAUCCCAACAUACAUACCCAACCAAUCACUGUCCCAUGUGAGAGAGCAUCCUGCAGAUACAGUUCUAUCAGGAGGUCUAUUCCACACAAUGUUGGAAUUGGGUCUAAGCUGUGGUAGUACCUACCCUUUUAAAACUCCCUCUAGUUGCAUGUUGGACUGGUGUUUUCUGUUGCUUUUCACCUGCUGGAAGUAUUCCUCUUGCAGCAAGCCUUCUAAGUAGCUUGGGGUUAGAGCUCAACGUUGAGCCUACCAAGUGGCGAUGGCGACGGCGAAGAUGACCUUCUUCACCGCCUCUAUUGCAUCUGCAGAAAACAGCAACAGGAGACUAUUUCAGGUGCUUAGCAAUCUAUCGGAACCACCUUCGUCACCGGGGCCUGGUAGGGACCCCAAGAUCUCCUGCAAUACUUUUGCAAAGUUUUUGCAGAUAAAGUCACUCAGAUUCGGAAGGAGGUAGACUUCACCGUGGGAGCAGGGCCAGGGUGGAAGAGUGCUGGAGUCCUGUCUAGUCAUGUUAUAUGGGAUCAAUUCCAAUCUGUUACCUCCGAGGAUGUGGACAGGCUGCUUGGACGAGUGAAACCAACCACCUGUCUCCUUGAUCUUUGCCCAUUCUGGCUAAUAAAAGCGAGCCGGGAAGGGCUGGGCGAUGGGCUCUGCAGGGUGGUGAAUGCUUCCCUCUGCAAGGGAGCCUUCCCUGGCCCCCUGAAAGAGGCGGUCAUUAAACUGCUUCUUUAAAAAACACCUUUAGACCCAGCCAACAUGGUCAACUAUCGCCCAGUCUCAAAUCUUCCAUUCUCGGGCAAGGUGGUUGAGCGGGUGGUUGCUGAACAACUCCAAGCAUGCCUGGAGGAUGAAGACCAUGUGGAUCCCUUCCAAUCGGGAUUCAAGCCUCACCAUGGGACUGAAACUGUCUUGGUCGUGCUGAUCAAUGAUCUCUGGCGGGCUAGGAACAAAGGUGAGAGCUGUUUCCUAGUUCUGCUGGAUCUCUCAGCGGUCUUUGAUACCAUCGACCAUGACAUCCUUCUGGACCGUCAGGAGGGGCUGGGAGCUGGGGGCACUGUUAUACAGUGGUUCUGCUCCUUUCUCCUGGGCCAUAUCCAGAAAGUGGUGUUGGGGGAUGAGUGUUCAGACCCCUGGGCUCUCACUUGUGCCUCAGGGUUCCGUCCUCUCCUCCAUGAUUUUUAAUAUCUAUAUGAAGCCGCUGGGAAGGAUUAUCAGGGGGUUUGGGCUGGGUGUUCAUCAGUAUGCAGAUGAUACCCAGCUCUACCUCUCUUUUAAAUCAGAACCAGUGAAGGCGGUGAAGGUCCUGUGUGAGUGCCUGGAGGCAGUUGGAGGAUGAAUGGCAGCUAACAGAUUGAGGUUGAAUCCUGUCAAGACAGAAGUACUGUUUUGGGGGGAUAGGGGGCAGGCAGGUGUGGGGGACUCCCUGUUCCUGAAUGGGGUAACUGUGCCCCUGAAGGACCAGGUACGCAGCCUGGGAGUCAUUCUGGACUCACAGCUGCCCAUGGAGGCACAGGUCAAUUCUGUGUCCAGGUCUACCAGCUCCAUCUGGUACACAGACUGAGACCCUACCUGCCCACAGACUGUCUCGCCAGAGUGGUGCAUGCUCUAGUUCUCUCCCGCUUGGACUGCUGCAAUGCACUCUAUGUGGGGCUACCUUUGAAGGUGACUCGGAAACUGCAAUUAAUCCAGAAUGCGGGAGCUAGACUGAUGACUGGGAGUGGCCGCCGGGACCAUAUAACACCAGUACUGAGAGACCUGCAUUGGUUCCCGGUACGUUUCCGAGCAUAAUUCAAAGUGUUGGUGCUAAACGGCCUCGGUCCUGUAUACCUGAAGGAGCGUCUCCACCCUGAUCAUUCAGCCCAGACACUGAGAUCCAGCGCUAAGGGCCUUCUGGUGGUUCCCUCACUAGAGAAAUAAGGUUACAGGGAACCAGGCAGAGGGCCUUCUCAGUAGUGACGCCUGCCCUGUGGAACGCCCUCCCAUCAAGGAAAUAAGCAACUAUCCUACUUUUAAAAGAUACCUGUUAAUGCUGUAUUGUGUUUUUAAUAUUCGAUUGGGAGCCGCCCAGACUGGCUGGGGAAACCCAGCCAGAUGGGCUGGGUAUAAAUAAAUUAUUAUAAAUUAGUAUUAUAAUGUCUAUCUCAGUUGAUACCUGUACAGUGGUACCUCUGGUUACAUACGCUUCAGGUUACACACUCCGCUAACCCAGAAAUAGUGCUUCAGGUUAAGAACUUUGCUUCAGGAUAAGAACAGAAAUCGUGUUCCGGCGCAGCAGCAGCAGGAGGCCCCAUUAGCUAAAGUGGUGCUUCAGGUUAAGAACAGUUUCAGGUUAAGUACAGACCUCCAGAACGAAUUAAGUACUUAACCCGAGGUACCACUGUAUUUGAUUUGAAUUGAUUUUAUGUAUCUGCAGUUGUUACAUUAAACUGUUAGUUAAAACAAUUGCACAUUGUUUUGUGUUUUGCAUAAGUUUUUGUUAUAUUGCAAAUUGCUUUGGUAUGCCUAACGGGGAAUGAUUCAUAAAUCAAUAAUAAUAAAUCAGUUGUCAAUUAGAACUUUCUCUUGCCUCCUUUCAGACAAAUCUGCCGAUCUUCAAACUGAAAGAGUCCUGUGUGAGGCGACGGUAUAGUGACUUUGAAUGGCUGAAAAAUGAGCUAGAGCGUGACAGUAAGGUGGGUACAGGAAAUGAACAUCCACUCUGUAUGCAUAAUAAAUAGAUCAAUAGAUAACUUUCUUCUUCAUUCCUGUGGCAGAGAGCUCUCCUACUCUUCCCUGUUGGAUCUAGUGGUGACCCUAACAGAUCAAGCAGCAGAAGGAGAGUGGUUCUGCUCCCCUCUUAAGUCAUGCUCUCAAUGUUUCUAGAUUGUAGUGCCUCCACUGCCUGGCAAAGCCUUGAAGCGCCAGCUUCCUUUCCGAGGAGAUGAGGGCAUCUUUGAGGAGUCCUUCAUAGAAGAAAGAAGACAGGGCUUAGAACAGUUCAUAAACAAGUAAGAGUGACACCUGGGUCUUCAAUACUUGGGGAAGUGAAAGACUCUGGGAGAGGAGGAUGUGUCAUUGCACAGUGUAGUAACUAGAUUGCAUAUCGUGGUUGCCAGUAACUCUAGGCAUCAUCUUAAGCAUACCAUUGGUCUUCUCUUCAUGUGGAAUCCUAAGAACUGUAGUUCUCUAAAGAGUGCUUUUAUGAUACUCUGCAGCAACCUAAUGCUCUUCAGAUGUUUUAUACUACAAUUACCAUCUGUCCCAGCCAGCAGGGCUGUAGGAUGCUGGGCCUGCUGGGAGUGUGGCUGUGAUGGCCAGGGCUGAUGCAAGUUUUUGUCCAGAACAUCUGGAGGGCACUGGGUUGGCAAAAGCUGCCUUAAGUGGUGAAGAGCCUGCAGUUAUGCUGCCUCAAGUCUGCUAGAAAUGCUAAAAUGAGAAAGCUGGUUUAUUGUUAAAUUAUUAUUUUUUAAAUUUAUAGUCAUGACAGAAACAGUUACUAGCCAGAGACUAUCAACUUAUAUCUUCCCAUUAUCUGACUUUAUCCCAACCCCUUGUAAUAAGGCUCCACCACUCUCCAGCUGCUUCUUUCAGGGAGGAAGUAGGGAGCCAUGACCACUUCCUAAACCACAUACAGUCGUGAUUCAGCAGCUGGGCCAUUUCUGCCUGGUAAACUACUAGGAUGAGCCCUAUCACACAAACUUAUCAGACUACAGUUCUGAAAAUCUGCUUGUGGGGAAAGAGAGACAUGAUAGCUAUUCUGAUACAAAACCGAAAUGUUUGUAGCACAGACAAAACUGAAGGGUCUACAAUCCAGUUGUCAAGGAAACUACACUUCAUACACAGAAUCUGGCAGUUGUCCCUGGAUGCUGAACUUUAGAAGCACAACCUUCUACAUCCCUGCACAAAUUCAUAGAUGAAAAGUCCUCCUGGGCCUGUUUCCUGGAGAGGAUGCAUUCUGGGGGUGCUGAGUGCCUCCAAAGACUGGAGAGAUGGGAUUGGUGGCAAAUGAAAAUAACAGAGGCCAGCCAAAAUAGAUGGACAAUGCUGCAAGUGUCCUGAGUGCUUGUGUGUGCUGCUGUUGCACAACAUGAUCUUGCCUUGCCUUGUACAGAAUUGGGUAGCUGAUUGCUAAUCUAACACUUCUUCUUGUUCUUGGCAGAAUUGCUGGACACCCGCUGGCACAGAACGAGCGCUGCUUACACAUGUUCCUGCAGGAGGAGACUAUCGAUAGAAAUUACAUCCCAGGGAAAGUCCGUCAGUAGAGGAGUCUGGCAUUCUCCAUUUUCUCUCCCCGUGCAAAAAUGACAUUUAUUUUUACACUGCCCCUCUUCCGAACCAGCUUUUUUCUCUUUAAACCUCCUCACUUGUCUAGUGUGCCCACCACGCCAUCCCACCCCAUCCCACCCCUUGUUAGGCAGCAGCGUUGGGUUCUGUUGGUCUUUGGUCUCUGCAUAAAAAGGUGAGAACCUGGGAAGAGCUUGUGCCUAUUGGUGGAUAGGUAAAGCUUGCUGAAAAUGAACUGGAGACUAGUGUAAGGUAUUGCAGAGUACAUCAGAGCUGCUUUUCUUCCUUUGUGUAAGAAUAUGGAGGAUUAUCCAGCAUGUGUAAGUGUGCUCCUUGCCACAGGUUUCCUAGGGAAGUCAUGGUACUGAGGCUCCUUUUCUUGGCUACUGCAGAGAUGUUUCAGGGUUUUUUUGUUAGCAUCUGUGCCCAUCACCCCAGAAUGAUUAAAAGUGGGAAGCAAAAAAUGUUUUUCCCUUAACUUGCUAGGAGGGUACUGUAGACCAAAAGCAGUUUGGAAGCUCCCUUUAUUGAGCAGUAAGGCCUUCUGAGGGACUUCAAGUGACCCCUUCAGUAUGCCUUGAGGUUUUAGCUGCUAAUCCUACCCCAAUAACCUUUGGGCUUUGUAGAGUUAGAGGCAGACUUGCAACCCAAAGAACAAGGCACCCUUUGGGAGCCACAACUUCUGGUAGCAGAAUGGCUUCUUGUAAAUGCAUGGGCAAAGCAAACAGUGGCGUCUCAGAAGCAGGGUUCAUGUUGAGGACUGAGCAGGAAAGGUUUGGUGGCUGGCUUUUGAUGGUGAAACCUGUAGAGCAGUGUUUUCUUUGAGGAUUGCACCUUGGCAAGUUAAAAGAUGGAGCAAGUGGAACCUAAACUAAGGGAUGUUUCGCAUGCCGCUUCUGUGUUCAGUGGAUAGCUUCAUCUGGCCUCUUGUCUGUCCAUUUGGGGUUAUGGUGCAAAGUUCCCUACUGUUUGUUUAAUAUUUAAUCUGUUGGGAGGUCUUGCAAAUGACCAUGGUAUCUGUACAGCCUCUUUGUUUGACCUGAACAAGAAACUUUGUGAUCCCUCCAAAACUCUGACCUGCAAGAGGUGGGGGCAGGAAGAGAGUCGUAUCAACCUAAGUAAUAAAGUGACUGUAAUCACAAAGUUCCCUGUUCUGAAGUUUGCACUAUUUGGAGUGAGCAGUACAAGUGUGUCUUGGAGGGGAGAAAGAACUGGUAUAUACAAUUCUGCAUGUUUCAGGCAAGAGGUUGUGGAUAUACACCACCCACCUAUGGGGUAACUGGAUAGCAGAAAACUCUCUUCUCUGGGCUCCCUAAGCAAUAGCUAUGCAGAAACUGUCUCUACACGGACCACUCUCAUCUGCUGCUGGAGAGGUGCUAACAUUCCUGUUGGAAGCGGCCUGCUGCUGCCUCGUGGAUCUGCAUUAGCUAUGAGUUCUUCAAAUUCCUUCCUUCAUUUGGUGCACAAGUCUGGAGAUCAGAGGAGACUCUUGCUGCUGUAUGUGUGUGUUUUUGUGUGUGUGUCUAUAUGUGUCUAUAUUUAUAGACACACACACAUACAUAUCCAUACUGAUGUGGGGCUUGUAAUUCAGCAAACUAUGUCUUCAGUUUACUGUUUUAUGUAAUGUCCAAGACUUGUUCAUAUUAAACCACUGUGAAGCCAAUAUGUCUGUGUCCUCUAUCGGUCACCGGCUUUUCUAAGUAUUUUUGGGUAAAGCUUUGGAAAGGAGUCAUUACUCUCUUACAUGUCAAACGUGUCAUUUGUGUGAUGAUUGAGUCUGAGGAUUUAUUGUUUAUUUGCACUUGGGUCUUCUCAGGGAGUAGUCUCUGGUGCCUCUUGGGACUCACAGUCAGCACAAGGCAGAGAGACCAGCAGGAGCAACAGGCAAAGGCAACUGAUACUAGUUUGUCCCCCAUCCUCCAUGCUGAGUUCUACAAGGGCAACAUUAAGCCGUGGUCUUCUGGGUUGUUGCCUCUGCACCACACUGGCUUUAAAUGACAUUAUUUUAGAAUCAUAGAAUUGUAGAGUUGGAAGGGAUCUUGAGGGUCAUCUAAUCCAACCCCUUGCAGUGCAGAAAUCUCAACAUAGUAUUCUGGGCACUGCAUUUGGCUAGGUGUUGCUAGGAAUUUUAACACUAAACUACAGUGCCUAUAAUUCUUUGGGGGAAAGAAUUUGCUUUAAAGAUAUAGUGUGUAUGUAACCUGAGAGUAAGAUGAAGGGAGCUGACAGCAGCACCCCAUGGGCUAGUGACAAGUAAAAAGGCAGGGUGGGUGGUGGACAGGGCACUGUCUGAAGUUGGUGGGGCAAUUACCCAUUUGCCCAGCUGGGCUAGUCUCUGCUGCAGCCAAGCCUAGAUCCAUGGACACUGCAGCCAUUUCCCCCACAUUUCUUCCAAGCUUUGCAUAGCUUCCUAGCACUUUUCUCUCAGCUCCUUCAGCAGGCAUUGCAACACACUUUGGCUUGCAUGCACACUGUACCUUUAAAAUACAUUCAGAGUACACUUCCACCCUCAAAGAAUUCUGGGCACUGCAGCUUGUUAAGGGUUGCUGGGAAUUAAUAAUUCCAGCAGCGGGGAAUUACAGUACCCAGAAUUAUUUGAGGGAGAGAAUGUGUUUAAAAUGUGCCUUAAAGGUAUACUGUGUUCAUGGCCUCUACCUUUUUGCAUUCUGCCAUUUGUCCAAAGAUCUUAAGGAGAUGAACAUGGUUCCCCCUGGUUGUAUCCUCACAACUACCCUGUGAAGCAGGCUAAGCUGUUGGUAAGGUACUGGAGAGCAGCAUCCCAGGAGCUGGCAGAGGCUGUGGAGGAGCAGUCAGCUAAGUUUUCAAAAAGGCAGCUGAGACCUGUGCCAGCCUUGCCCUUGCCUUCUAAUCACCCCGCCUGGAGAGCUGAAGUUUUGGAGGGCACACAGCCACUGUUUCACUUCAGCAGGGCUCAAGGAAGUUGUAGAAUGUCUACCCAACCAUGGCUUCCUUGUGAACAUGGAAGACUCGCACGUGAUGCCUUCUUAGAGGCUGCUGUAUCGGGGGGCCAUGCUAGACAUGAGAUUAGGCCUAGUCUCCCUGUCACAGGAGCGAUUGCAAAAAAUAAACAGAGGAUCAAGCAGUCCUGAGGUCACCUUGUCCAGGCAUUCAACAUCUGACCCAACUGAAGGGGAGCAUAGUCUCAUGCAUGGACAUUGUACCAUGGUCUCGUCAUCACUCCUGCAGUGGCAGGUUCUUCUGUUCCAGGAAGAGAUUACAUAUUGGUUGCAUUGAAGAACAAGGCAUUCUCCCAUUACCAGGUAAUCCCUCCAAUGGUGGCUCUCUUCAGCACUCCUACAGGGAUGGCAGAUGUGGGAUCCAUCCAGGGUCCUGAUAACUGGGUGCCAGCCUACAGGGCAUGGGAACCCACAAGGGGAGCUUCAUGCCUUGGGGCUCUGGGCAUAGGAUGAAAGGAUACAGAGUGUGAAUCUGCUGGAACUGAGGGCAAUCUGACUAGUUCUCUUGGCCUUCCACCAUCACCUGGAAGGGAUGGGUGUCCUGAUACACGCAGGCAAUGUUUGUGCAAAAGCUCAUAUUUUUCAUCAGGGCAGAUCCCUGACACCACUGCAGGAGGCAACAUGUCUGCUCAACUGGUUGGAGAACCACCUCACAUCUAUCACUACAGAACAUGUAUUGGGUGUGUCCAGUAUCAAGGUGCAUUGGCUGAGUUGCCAGGACGUGUUCCAAGCAGAAUGGAGUAUUCUGCCCUUGGUGUUUGAACAGAUAGUGGCACGCUUUGGUCAGCCCUAUGGGGACCUGUGUGCAACUGAGCAAAACAAGGUGAGCAGCUUCUUUUAAAGUUCCAGUGUCCCAACAGCAAAAGGCAGAGGCUCCCUCAUGAGCACUUGUGACAAGGGUCUCUUGUAUGCUUUCCCCUUAAUGGUAGUGAUUCAGCACACAUUCCAGAAAGUAAGGCACUGGAGGGCAGAGAUCAUUCUCAUAGCUUCCUUUUGGCCCAGGAAAGAGUGGUUAUCGGGUUGCCUUGGGCUCUUCUAAGUUGGUCAGAUAUUCUCUUCCACUACAGCAAGUGGCUUACCAAUGGGGUAGGGUCAUAAGCUAUUCCCACACAUCUGAAUAGCUGACAAAUCCCAUCUGAUGAUCCCCUCUUCCCUACAGGAAAAUGUGACAUUGGACCUCCCAUGAAGGUCCCUUUUCUGCUGGGGAUUGAGGGGAUCCAUCCUCCCUAGGCUAGUUUUGGCUAUGGGGUGGGCAAAUUGGUUCAUAUGAUUUUUUAAAAUUUAUUUUUGGGUAUUCUCUUUAAUUGCAUAUAUUCUUGUUCAGUGUUGAAAUACUCCUAAUUUCAGUUCAAAUUUUUACUUCUUUUAUUUUUUACUGAACAUUCCUCUUCCUCAAGGGUUGAAGUGCCCUGAUCUACUGGCCCAAAGGAUGGCUUAUGGGAGUGGUUGGGUGCAGGGAUGCCAAAAAAUGAUGCCCCAAAUGCCAGAGUGAACAGUUCUAGUGCUUUAUUAAAAGAAGGUGUAGAUUUACAGCAAAUCAGCCUGCCAGGAUUCCCAUCCUUUCCAGAUGCAGGACAUACAAUGCAGCAAGGAGAUGGCUUGUCUGUACCCACACAAUUAUACAUAUUUUAAUCACAAAGCAGCAUACAUCAAUAUACCCUAAACCUCCCAUCACACCUGGCUGGUGAGGCCAUAGGUGGCAACUGCCCAAAGCUUUUCCCCUCUCUGGGCCUAGAGCCCAGCAUCCCAAGGUCCACAGAUAAGCGCAGCAUCAAAGCAAGCUUAUUAGCAUACAUCAAACCAAAGAAACAUAUAUUAGCUUAGUUACACCACAACUACCAAUUAGUUUUGGGGUUAUGUUGACCGCCAAGAUAGCACCUGCAGACCUUCCAGAGAAUAUCUUCACCUUUGGCUCAACGCAUUAGGUUCUUGCAUUUUUCUAAUUUUUCUGGUGCUUUGUACCCAUGGGAUGCAAUGCUUUCUCCUGAGAUUAGCAUUAUUAUUAUUAUAUUUUAUUCUGAGCUGGAUUGAAUUGUUAACUGGGGGUGCAUUGCCCUCCCAUUGUGAGGUUGUUGGCUGUUGGCAACUGCCUGUCUCAAGAGUCAAGGGAGUGACUCCAGGAUUGAAGUCAGACCGCAGCAUUUGCAGCACUGAAGUGACCUCCCGGGGCUCAACUCUAAAGCAGUGUGCAUGGAGGUCCUGGGCUGCCAGGCGACAAGACCUUCCUCUUGGCCUCACGGAUGUGGUUCAAAGGAAAGCAGAGCAAUACAUUUGGCACCGGCUUGGCUGCAGAAGUUGCUGGAAGGAGGUGUAUAAGGUGCCACCCAACCAUCUUAGGGUCUCCACUCCGGAUUUGUGUAGGGUCCUGAAGCUUUUCUAACAAAUGAGUAUAGCCACAAGACAGUGAGGGCUUAGGAUCUGAGUUUUCUUUCUCCUUUUUUUUUAUAAGAUAUUUAUUAAGAUUUUCAAAAUGUUAC